AUGCAGGUGACAAAUGCAAAGAGAGGUAUGGACCAUCCCGAGAGUGAUUACAUCCAACGCGUGUUGGGUGAACCUCUGAAGGAUGCGUUAUCAGCUGUCGUGCUCUACCAACCGUUCGAUCCCAUCGAAUUUCUCGCCAAUUACCUUAAAUACUGGGCCAUCAAAGUUAGGGACUAUCGCUGUCGGAAGCUUGCAACUUUUGAAAUGGAACGAAUAUUGGCCUCUCAGAUACCGUUCAAUAUACAACUUCAGGCUGAACGUGCCAUUCGUGCGGAACAGAACUUCUUGAAGGGUGAACGGAUGCGUGUGGAGGAAGAGGAGAAGCGAAGACAGGCGGAACUACAGCGACGCCGCGAAUUAACAGAAAAGAAGGCAACUUUGGCAACGAACUCAAUGCGCUCGCAAGUCUGGCCACUAGUGCUGGACGAGGUGGUUGAUAUGGCCAUGGAGGUGGCCUUCAAGGUUUGGCGUCGGAUGGAGCGCGCGCGUCUGAAGGCAGAGAAAGCGGCUCGUCGUGCCGCAGCCAAGGAGUCGAACGAAGAUGAGGAAGGAGGCGACGAGUUGGGGGAGGAAGAGGAUGAAGAUGAGGAUGAUGAGGUGGAAUAG